CAAUGUCCCUGGUGUGUGUGACGGACUUUGAGGCCCACGCGCGGGAGCGGCUCUCCAAGUCCACUUGGGAUUACAUCGAAGGAGGCGCUGGGGAAGGCUUCACCCUGCACGACAACGUCGCGGCAUUCAAAAAACUCCGCCUCCGGCCCCGGUACCUGAGAGACGUGUCGCAGGUGGACACCCGGACCACAAUCCAAGGGGAGGAGAUCAGCGCCCCCAUCUGCAUUGCGCCCACGGGUUUCCACUGCCUGGCCUGGCCCGAUGGAGAGACCAGCACGGCCAGAGCUGCCCAGGCAGCCGGCAUCUGCUACAUCACCAGCACAUACGCCAGCCGCACCCUGGAAGACAUCGUCGCCACGGCGCCCAGAGGCUUCCGAUGGUUCCAGCUCUACGUGCAGCGAGAUCGACAGCUCAACAAGCAGCUGGUCCAGCGGGUCGAAUCCCUGGGCUUCAGAGCCCUGGUAAUCACCGUGGACGUGCCCAAACUUGGCAACAGGCGACAUGACGUUCGCAACCAGCUGAACUUGAAGUCAAAUUUACUGCUGAAGGAUCUCGGGUCACCUCAGGAGAGAAGCUCAGUGCCGUAUCUGCAAAUGUCUCCCAUCGACUCCGCCUUCUGCUGGGAUGACCUGUCCUGGUUUCGGACCAUCACUCACCUUCCCAUCAUCCUGAAAGGGAUCCUGACCAAAGAGGACGCAGAGUUAGCCAUGAAGCACAACGUGCAGGGCAUCAUCGUCUCCAACCACGGAGGGCGGCAGCUGGAUGACGUUCCUGCUUCUGUGGACGCCCUGCCGGAAGUGGUGGCUGCUGUGAAGGGGAAGCUGGAGGUGUACCUGGACGGCGGGGUCCGGACGGGCAACGACGUGCUCAAGGCUCUGGCCCUGGGGGCAAAGUGUGUCUUCCUGGGGAGACCGGUCCUGUGGGGUCUUGCCUGCAAGGGAGAACAUGGUGUUGGGGAAGUUUUGAGCAUUUUGAAGGAUGAGUUCCACACUUCCAUGGCCCUUACAGGCUGCCGGUCGGUUGCUGAGAUCAACCAGGACCUGAUCCAGUUCUCCAGGUUGUAAGGAAAGAGCUGGGGACAGGACUGCCGAGGCAGCCCACGGGAAGACCAGACCAGAGCCUAUGUGUGGCACCAUCCUGCCCAGGCCCUGUGCCAUCCAGCGGCUCAACCACUUCACCUCCCGGCCCCAACCCUCCUCUGCCUCACUGCUCUUUAUAUGCUGUUCUCUCGCCCGAAAUCCCCCUCUGAAGGAAAAGGGCGCGUCAAUGAUGAUUGACUAGGGCAGUGGUCGGCAAACCGCGGCUCGCUAGCCACAUGCGGCUCUUUGGCCCCACUUCUAACGCCACUUCUUCAAA